AUGUGGUACAAUGACAUGCUACUGUUUGGCAUGACCUACAUUAUAUGCAGAAAUAGUGACACCCCUUACUCUACCUGGUAUGAAGACAUUCUAGUUUACUCCUCCAAAGACAUAGCAAACUGCACUGAUCUCAAAUUGGGGGACCUCAUUCUGAUUUUUUUGAUGAGCAGUGUGGACAAUGAGACAGGUAAUUGGUGGUGCAGCAUGGACGUUGCCUGUUGGCUGGCAAAUUAUGGCUUUGGAAGGAGUCUCUUGCAAGCCACUGCCACACUCCAGUUUGUUGAUUUCAUGAACUUCAUUUCCAAGUGGUGUGACAGUGUCUGUGAGGUGCUAAGAACAGAUCCUCGACAUCUCCUUGGAUGUAGACACUACAAACUUGCCUGCAUCAUUGUGGAGGAGCAUAUUGAGUUCCCUGACCCUGCCAUCCUGGUGAUGUAUCUGUUACCUCUUACCUCGUGGUUGGACAAUGGACAUCCUCCCAUUGCCAUUGUGACAUCUCACCAGGCUGAUCUCACAUCCUUGGCAGAAUUUUGUUUGCAGCACCUUAACUGGCCACCAGAUGUCAUUCAGUCCAGAUUGGCAGAUGCUCAUGCUGGUGUGGCUGCACAUGCACUUAUACAGCUGCCAGGCAAUCUUGAUGGUGAGAGACUGCAAUGUGAUCUUCAAGUCACAGGCUAUUUCAACAAGUCACUGUCCUCAUCCACACACAAGCUCUUUGUUCCAAUCCAACCCCUUGCAACAUCAGGCAAGAGGAGUGAUGGUGAUCCAUUCUAUGACAUGGAGAUUGUGGCAGUCAUGUUGGAAUACUUGAGGCCUGACUUGGUGUCAGGCUCUGUCUGUCCAUCUUCCCCAUUGUCUUGUGUGGAGUUGGCAGAUGAGAAUGUGGAGGUCAAGGAUACAUUGUGUCUCAAGGCUGGAAUUGAUGAUCCCAUGAAUGAGGGCUAG